GCCAGGCCUAAACAUGGAGGGGCCGGGGAGAGAAAGGUUUGGUUAGACAGGAGCACCAGGCUGAUAUUCUAAGAAACGCCUGCUUUUUUUGGAACUUUUUGGAAGAGGAUUAACCAAGGGGGUCUUGUUUUUUAUGCUUGCACAGAUUUCCUUGCAAGAUCUCUGAAUGAAAAUGCACUGUUGGGUUUUUACAAGUCAGAGCUGGUCUAAUGAAACUGAGGAGAAAAAAAGAAGUCCAGACAUCUGUGAUAGCUUUGCUCUGGUUUUGAUACUACAGUGGAAAGGUUACUGUACUCCCUAAUGCGAAAUAAAUAAAAUGAAGGAAAAAAGAACCCCCAGUGCCUUGCAUUAUGGAAGCACAUAUGUUGCGGCCAGAGCAAUCAACCAGCUGUUGCAAAACUUCUAGUGAAUCGCUUACAGGCUGAAUUUCAAUUUUUGGGUCCUCUUUUUUUUCUUUUUCCAGCAAUGAAAUUGUAAGAACGGACUUAAAGAAACUGCCAGCUCUUCCAACACAAGCACUUAAGGAGCACCCAUCUCUUGCUUACUGUGAGGACCGCGUUAUUGAGCACUACAGGAAGUUAAAUGGCCAGACGAGAGGUCAAGCCAUCGUCAACUACAUGAGCAUUGUGGAAUCCCUCCCAACGUAUGGAGUCCAUUAUUAUGCAGUCAAGGACAAGCAGGGAAUUCCUUGGUGGUUAGGACUUAGCUACAAGGGAAUCUUUCAGUAUGACUACCAUGACAAAGUGAAGCCAAGAAAGAUUUUCCAAUGGAGGCAGCUGGAGAACUUGUACUUCCGAGAGAAGAAGUUUUCCGUGGAGGUGCAUGACCCACGCAGGGCAUCUGUGACAAGAAGGACUUUUGGACACAGUGGCAUAGCUGUGCACACGUGGUAUGCCUGCCCUGCCUUGAUAAAGUCCAUUUGGGCUAUGGCCAUUAGCCAGCACCAGUUCUACCUGGACAGGAAGCAAAGCAAGUCGAAAAUUCAUGCAGCGAGAAGCCUCAGUGAGAUUGCAAUUGACCUGACUGAAACUGGAACUUUAAAGACCUCCAAACUAGCAAACAUGGGGAGCAAAGGGAAAAUUAUCAGCGGCAGCAGCGGGAGCCUCUUGUCGUCAGGCUCCCAAGAAUCAGAUAGCUCUCAGUCUGCCAAGAAGGACAUGCUGGCUGCCUUGAAAUCCAGGCAAGAAGCUCUGGAGGAGACGCUGCACCAGCGCCUGGAGGAGCUCAAGAAACUCUGUCUCCGAGAAGCAGAGCUUACAGGAAAAUUGCCAAGAGAAUAUCCUCUUGACCCUGGGGAACAGCCCCCAAUUGUGCGAAGAAGGAUAGGUACUUCCUUUAAACUGGAUGAACAGAAGAUACUGCCCAAAGGAGAGGAAGCUGAACUGGAACGCUUAGAGAGGGAAUUUGCCAUUCAGUCGCAGAUCACCGAGGCUGCUCGACGCCUAGCCAGCGACCCCAAUGUCAGCAAGAAGCUGAAGAAACAAAGGAAAACCUCCUACCUUAAUGCAUUGAAAAAACUCCAGGAGAUUGAAAAUGCUAUCAAUGAGUACCGUAUCAAAUCUGGAAAGAAGCCAACGCAGAGAGCCUCCCUGAUCAUAGACGAUGGAAAUAUUGCCAGUGAGGAUAGCUCCCUCUCAGAUGCCCUCGUUCUGGAGGAUGAAGAUUCUCAGGUUACCAGCACAAUAUCCCCUUUACAGUCCCCUCACAAAGGACUCCCUCCACGUCCACCCUUGCAUAACAGACCACCCCCUCCUCAGUCAUUGGAGGGACUCAGACAGAUGCACUAUCACAGGAAUGACUACGACAAGUCCCCGAUCAAGCCCAAGAUGUGGAGCGAGUCAUCCCUGGAUGAACCCUACGAGAAGGUCAAGAAACGCUCUUCCCAUAGCCAUUCCAGCAGCCACAAGCGGUUCCCCAGCCCCGGGGGCUGUGCAGAGGGUGGAGGGAGCAACUCUCUACAAAACAGCCCCAUUAGGAAUCUUCCCCACUGGAACGCCCAGUCCAGCAUGCCAUCGACACCAGAUCUACGGGUACGCAGUCCACAUUAUGUGCUUUCCACUAGGUCGGUGGACAUCAGCCCUACGAGACUGCAUAGCUUAGCACAGCACUUUAGACACCGAAGUUCCAGUUUAGAGUCCCAAGGGAAGCUCCUUGGGUCAGAGAACGAGACGGGGAGCCCCGAUUUCUACACCCCAAGGACUCGUAGCAGUAACGGCUCCGACCCCAUGGACGACUGUUCCUCCUGCACCAGCCAUUCCAGCUCUGAGCACUAUUACCCGGCUCAGAUGAAUGCCAACUAUUCCACGCUGGCCGAGGACUCCCCUUCGAAAGCCCGUGAGCGGCAGAGGCAGCGGCACAAGUCGGCAGGGAACCUGGUCUCCUCUAAUUCAGGAAGCAUGCCCAAUCUGGCCGCGCGGAAUGGCACCGGCCACCAUGGAGUCUACCUACACAGCCAGAGCCAGCCUUCUUCCCAGUACAGGAUCAAGGAAUACCCUUUGUACAUCGAGGGGAGCGCCACCCCAGUGGUGGUGCGCAGCCUGGAGAAUGACCAGGAGGGACACUACAGCGUCAAAGCACAAUUUAAGACCUCCAACUCCUACACUGCAGGGGGGAUGUUUAAGGAGAACUGGCACGGGGAAGAAGUAGACUCCGUAAGACUGACCCCCUCCCGUUCUCAGAUCAUACGGACUCCCUCUCUGGGCAGGGAGGGUCAUGAGAAAGGAUCGGGACGGACAGUAGUGUCUGACGAACUGAGGCUGUGGUACCAGCGCUCCACGGCUUCCCACAAAGACCACAGCCGCUUGUCACACACAAGCUCCACAUCUUCGGACAGCAGCUCCCAGUACAGCACCUCCUCUCAAAGCACCUUUCUGGUGCAUAGCAAGGUAGCACGGGGGCCCCAGAUGUGCAAAGCAACAUCAGCUGCCUUACCUCACAGUCAGAGGAGCUCCACGCCAUCUAGUGAGCUAGCAGCCACGCCCCCCAGCAGCCCACACCACAUCCUAGCCUGGCAGACAGGGAGCUACAAUGAUGGCUACUUGGGCUCCUCCCUCUAUCCAGAACUAGCUGAUGUCCAGUGGUAUGGACAAGAGAAAGCCAAGCCUGGGACGCUAGUGUGAAUCCCCUUGACCCCAGCCGUGUGAGCCCAUCCACGCCCUUCUGAAAACCACCUCUCUGCCUCUCGUUUGCCUUACCUGGAUGAACUGGCCGCUGACACCAGCUUCGAGUCAAAGCACUUUUUGCAAAAGGCAAUGGAAGUCCCUUCUAGUCCGUGUUGCUGCAGACUGCCGUGUGUCUCACAGAGCGCAAGCGGGAGCAAGGAAUGGAUCUACAACCGGCUACAUUCGUAAGAAUGCAGUAGGCAGGCAAUCCAGACCUUUCAGGGUUAUCAAUCAUCUUGUUCAUUGGCAUGUUAUACUAUUCUAACAUGUAUGAUUUAAACUCUAAAGUUAAAGUACUAGUUAAAGACGGGGCAACAGCUAUUGUGAAGUAACAGGCACAAAAAAGAAGGAGAAUGGGGAAAGAGAAUAAUAUCGUUUCAGUGAUGGGCCAGAAUAUUGUGACUUGUUCUGUGCUGCCAAAGAUUUUAAGAACUGUUAUAAAGUAUAUAUCAAAAAUUCUCCUUUUCAGAAAACAACCACCUACCACUCUACAACUUGUUCUGUCUUCUUUGUCUCGAUGCCCUAAAACCCAACCCAGCCAUUUCAUGGGGUGGUAUAGGUACCACUCAAAAUCUUGGCAUAAAUCUGCUGGGAACAGCCCCUGGAUGAACAAGAUGGUGCCCAAGGGAACUGGCAAGAACAGGAGCAAGUCAAGGCUUCUUUUAAAUAUCCCUGUGAUUGGCAGCCAGCCGCCAGUAACUUGAAGAACCUGGUGAUCAUUUGUGAAAUGAAAAUACCAAAAAUAAUUAGGAAUAAAAACAUCCAUUUGUGUAGAGAACUAUGUCAAGUCAAGGGAUGAUACACCAGGGUCUACGUGACUGAUCUCAACAUGCACUGAUAGUGUAGCAAAGGGCUUAUUGACUGGCCAGGGAAGUGAUUUAAAGGGGAGGGAAAUUGCCAAGUGACUUAACCAGCAGCCUAGAUCACUUCCCUAAACUACUGAAAUGGACCAUUAAUAAUUUUUUUUUUUGCAUUGAUACAAAACAUAAGUUGUCUGACAAUACCAAAAGAAAGGAAAUGACACGUUUACAUAUACACUUGAGCAAUGCUUUUUAUACACUUUGAGAAAGCCAUUACCCUUCAAAAAGGCCUCAAUGCUUCUAUAGUAAACGAACGCACAAUCUUUAGGCCCCAGGUCAACCACGGUUUUUGCUGCUUUUGAGAAAGGGGGUGGGGGGGAGGUGGGAAUAUCAUCCUUCAGCCAGAGUCCACGGACCAGCCAGUCUCCCCUGCCCAUCCCAGCCGCUUCUGCUGCCAUGUUUCUGUGCUGCCUCUGGGCUGGAAGGGCCAAGCCUUGCCCACAUUGGUGCUAAGAGGUUUUUAUGCCAGUACACAAGCAAGUGUCCUUUCCCCGGAUAUGGCUGAUGAUAAAAAACAGGAGGCUGACAGAGAUGUUUUGCAAAGAACUAAAACAGUCUUUAAAUCUCUCUGUGAACGUUCCAAGGAACAACCAUAUGCAGCUAUGACCAGGAAGGCAAAAAACUUAGUCCCCCAAAUGCUAUGACCAGGAAGGCAAAAAACUUAGUCCCCCUCUGCUAUGAUGGCGAUACAGGAACCCUGUCCGCUGUUUGGCUUACGUCAGCACAGAAGUGCUUAGGACAGGGCUGUUGCAUCAAAAAUAGAGGAGAGCCCAUUUGGGUUCGGAAUUCUGCCGCAGGGAGACGGGCUCCUUCCUCCUCUACUAGCUGGUUUCCUGGGCCAAAAUAGCUCCCCAUUUCUGCUAGUCCACUCUGCGUAUUCUGUGCACAGGGGACAGCAAAAACGGAAGUAAGCUAUUCACCCUCGCGGCAGCGUUCCAAGAGCAAAUGAGCUCACCUUUAUAUUUUAACAGCCGUUCCGUAGAGCUACUGCAUGGCUGUGGGACUCAGCUCUUAAAAAACCCAAAGGUCUAGCUGGAUCCUCAGUAGCACACUGUCUAAAAAGAGGGGGGGGGGAGAAAGGGAACGUGGACAAAGGAACUCCCCCAACUGGCUCAAGAAUACUUAGGACAGCCACCAAGUCCCAAGCACUUCUAUGGUGACUGCUUCAGUCCUGCAGACGGCCAUGUGAGUCGAGCACAUUCACGGUGUGCAAAUCUGCAGCUGUUUUGAAAUACCUUUUCUUCAUAAAUUAGAUUACAAAUGAAGACCCUGUUCUUGGAAUGAACUGCAAUGAAGACUACAACAGAGAAGGGUGGGGGGCGAGUCCAACCAAGGAGAACAGAUUAGAUAACCUGGAAGGAUGGGGGGGGGGAAGGGGGGGAAACAAAACAG